AAUCCUUCUAACAAAGAAACAAUGUUGGAGGAAAAACUUGUUGGCGAUGAUGACGACAGAGAGUCAUGCAGGGAUCCUCGUUAUCCCUUCCAUUGGUUCAAAACGCUGGCAAAUGAGAUGCAUUGGAGCUUCAUUUACGGGAUAGUGGUGGUUAACGGCAUCAACCAGGGGCUGGGCGGCGCCGUCAGCCGGGUCGCCUCGGAUUAUUACUGGAAAGACAUUCAGGAGGUCCAGCCUUCGGAAUCACAGGUUUAUCAGGGGAUAACUUCCCUUCCCUGGAUCAUUAAACCCCUCUGGGGACUCCUCACUGACAUCCUCCCUGUCGCAGGAUAUCGGAGAAGGCCAUAUUUGAUUCUAGCAGGUCUUUUGGGAGCGAUUUCUAUGCUGGUAAUAUGGGGGAAGAAGGAUCUGUUCACAAUGUUGGCCUUGCUGCUGUUUACUACAGCAAAUGCAGGGUUAGCAAUGGCUGAUGUGACCAUCGACGCCUGUAUUGCGCAGAACAGUAUUACUCACCCUUCCCUCGCGGCCGAUAUGCAGAGCCUCUGCGGCUUCAGUUCUUCCAUUGGAGGCCUGCUUGGUUUCUCUAUCAUCGCCCUCCUCAUGGAUGCAAUUACCUCUCAGGUUACCUCCAAAUACAUUAUAAAUAUUAUAAAUAUGAUUAAUAAUUUAAAAAUAGAUGAUUUACAUCUAAAUAACUCACCGAGCCAACUCAUCCACCAGAAGCUGAUGCAAGCCAAUCAAACAAUGUGGAAGACAUUGAUGUGCGCUGAGGUGUGGAAGCCAUGCAUCUUUACCUUCGCUUCUCUGGCUCUCAGUUUGAACAUCCAAGAGGGAAUGUUCUACUGGUACACAGAUAGCAACACUGGUCCAUCCUUCUCCCAGAAAAACAUCAGUUUCAAUUAUUCCAUUGGGUCUGUGGGAUCUUUGCUCGGUGUCCUACUCUACCAAAACUCACUCAAGGACUAUUCCUACCGUUGCCUUCUAUUUUGGACUCAGCUCCUCACAAGCAUCCUUGGAUUUCUAGACCUCGUGCUGGUUCUUCGCCUGAACCUCAAGCUCGGCAUCCAGGAUUACAUAUUCAUGGUGAUUAAUGAGGCCAUUUCGCAGCUGGUCGGUCGUGUGAAGUGGAUGCCAAUCCUUGUGCUGAGUUCCCAGCUCUGUCCUAAAGGGAUAGAAGGCACCUUCUUUGCAUUGUUGAUGUCCAUUGAUCAUGUGGCUUUGCUUGUUUCCUCCUGGGGUGGUGGCCUAAUGCUUCAGCUCCUUAAAGUUACUAGAACAGAGUUUGGCAAUCUUUGGAUGUCUAUUUUGAUUCGAAAUUUGUUGAGAUUGUUGCCUCUUCUGGUAUUAAAUUUGGUGCCUAAGAAUGAUCAGAAUCCUAUGGUUAAGUCUGGUUGUUUUGCUAAUAAUGAAGUUGUAGGAGUCAUGUCAUCAGAAGCAAGUGGGAUGGAUCAGGAGGCUCUUAUCCUUCAUUGAAGAGACUAAAUUAUGAUGGAGGGGGUGGUUAAUUGUUAUG